CCAAUGGAGUGAUGUUUCGAUCCCACACGCAACCACACGCCACUUCUCGACCGGUCCCACGCCGGCCGGCCGUCUCACGAACACGAUUCAAAAAUCGAACUAACUUUUUAAAAACUAAGCUGCACUUUUCAACCGGCCUGACUGUUCUUCGUACACAAAUCAGCAAGGAGUUUACAAAGACCUAUUUUUGCGAGUGAGCACGUGUGUACAAACUUUUUGGUUAAAAGCCGAACUUAAUUAUUCUUUCGUACAACAUGGUAAUUCUGUGAAAUGGGUCAUGGUAUAUCAGCACUGCGCUAAGUGUCGUGCAUUAGGAUCGAGUUGAACAGAACUGACUUUGUGAAAGUUGUCGUCACGGCGACGGUUGGAGCGAAAUCUCGAGUAUUGUAUGUGAAGAAUGGAGGAAGGCUCUAAGAAGGAGAUCAAUUUGGACUCGGUGCUGGAGAGCCUGGGUCCUUACGGCAAAUACAACAUAUUGAACUUCGUGUUGCUGCUGUACCCGGUGCUGCUGAGUGCCUUCUUCGAGUGCGGCUUCAUAUUCGAGGCCAGAGAGACUCUUUACAGAUGCGAAGUGAACGGGUGCGAACAGAGGUUCAACGACACCUCCUGGCUCAACUACACUAUACCCUUCGACCACGACCGGAACAUUCCAGAAAAAUGUUCGCGAUACACCCCCCUUGUUGAGGAUGUGGGAAACCUGCAAUGUAUUCCUGAGGAGUUCGAUACAAAUAAGACUGUGCCUUGCACCAGCUACGUCUACGAGCCUGGAGAAUCUUUUGUUAAAGAGUUCAACCUGGGUUGUCAAGAGUGGCGGCGCGCGCUCGUGGGCACGGUCCACAACUCGGGAAUGUUCGCCGCCAUGUUGUUCACUGGCGCCAUCUCCGACCGCUACGGCAGGAAGGUGGCCGUCGGCCUCGCGUCCACCGCCUGCUUCAUCUUCGGAGUGGCCCGAGCCUUCGCGCCGGAUUACAUCACGUAUCUGGUGCUGCACUUCUUGGAGGCUGGGUUUGGGGGUGGAUUGUAUCCGUCGGCGUAUGUGCUUUCCGUGGAGCUAGUGAGCCUGAAGCAGCGAGUUUUCGUCUCAGCCAUGUGCAACAUGACUUUCGUGAUCGGUGUUGUGAUCCUGGCUGUCCUGGCCUGGUUUGUGGACAACUGGCGCACCUACGUGUUACUCCUCUACACUCCGGCCAUCAUCGCCGCCGGUUACGUCUGGUUCAUGAACGAGAGCGCCCGCUGGCUCCUCAGCAAGGGAAGAAAAGACGAAGCCAUCACCAUACUCCGAAAAGCAGCCAAAAUCAACAAACUCGAUCCGAAGCAGCUCGAUUUAGGAGCGUUAGGAGACCCGCUGCUCAAAGCGGAGUCACAAAGAGUGGACAAAAGAUCUCAAUUCUCUCUAGCCCUACGAUCGAGUAUAAUCUGGAAACGAGUGUUGAUCUGCUCGUUUCUCUGGAUGACGUGUUCGCUGGUGUACUACGGGUUGUCGAUCAACGCGGUGUCCCUGAGCGGGAACCGGUACGUGAGCUUCAUGCUGGUGACGCUGGUGGAGAUCCCGGCUUACAUCGUGGUGGUCGUGGUGCUGGACAAGUACGGCAGGAAGCGCACACUGAUCGUGACCUUCGUGACGUGCGCCGCGACGAGUUUACUCUUCGCGUUUCUGCCUAACGCGCAAUGGUGGUCAACAGCGCUCUACCUGGUCGGCAAGUGGGCGGUGACGCUGGCGUACUCUUCGGUGUACAUCUACGUGAGCGAGGUGUUCCCCACCAACAUGCGGCAGACGCUCAUCAGCGUGUGCUCCACUAGCGGCCGCGUGGGCUCGCUCGUGGCGCCGCUGACGCCACUGCUGACGUACUACCACAAGUCGAUGCCGACAGUGAUAUUCGGGGCCAUGUGUCUCAUAUCCAGCACUUUGGUCUUCAUGCUACCAGAGACGAGGAACAUGAGACUUCCCGACACGAUCCAGGAGGCUGAAGAACUGUCCACUAUGAAGAAGGUCCACAGCUCUAACGACAUGACGUAGUGGUUCAGAGAGUGGAUCAGAAGAAUGUUAUUAAACCCUCAGUGGGGCUGCAGACUUGACGUAUUUGUGGAAGAGAGUUUGAUAAUUUUGAAUCGUUUUUAUGCCUUAUACAGAAGAUAAGCGCUUAUCAGCGCUGGUUCGGAAAUAGUUUGAACUGGCAGUGCAGCUUUAGCCGGCCUUCUUUCUGUAUGGGGCCUUAGAAUGCAAAUGUAAAAUCUAGUGGUUGUAAGAGCUAUUUGUUUGAAGGCUAUGGAUUUAGAUAAGGAGCGAAUCUGUCAGUAAUCGUAGUAAAUUGACAGCUAGCCAUAAAUAGUCAAGAUUGUAGACCCUUGAGUGGUAAGCCGUCCCGUUGCACUAUACUUAUUGGACUAUAUUCCAAUCUUUCGAAUGUUUUAUACAACAGCCUACCUUUACAUAGGUGCGUGCUAAUUUACCACUGAAAUGAAACCUAAAGAGUGACUUUAUAAAUAAUUUAGGAAGCUUUUACUUAAGUUUUACAGUUUUACUGUACUUUGUUUACUUAAUCUUAGUUUAGAACAAUUUAUGUCAGCUUAGGUAUACUUUUUAUUGUAGGUAAGCGUAAUUUAUCGUAUUUUUAAAAACAUCUGUACUUUAUGGAAUCAAUUUAAGUGUAAUGUUUUUUAUAUGUUUAAACAUUAAUUGCUAGCUUUAUAUUUAUGGCUGUUAACAGUAUUGAUAGUGAUUUAAAAUGGCACUUAUUUUGGGACCAAUGAUUCAGUUCCAUUUGUUCGUAUUUACCGCAUUUCUUUUAUCAGUACAAAUAUAUUGGUUUCGUAAUUGUCUUAUGAUAAUAAAGAAACGAAUGAAAAC